GUUAUAUUAUGUUACAUUCUCCUCAACGCCUCAGCUGAACCACUGGAAACCACUCUGAUGCUGCUCUCUUCUGCUCCAGUUUAUGGUCUUUUCCAGAAUCUAAUCUGUCAGACCUGGAAGCACAAAGAAUAUGGUACCUUGUGCAAAGAUGUCAAAUGCAUUGCCAUUUAUCUUGCUCUCCAUAUUCCCAAUGCUGCUGUCAGGGGCUUGGUUUCCCAAAACUUUACCCUGUGACGUCAGUUCUUCAGAAGGUACUGUGACAGUGGACUGCACAGACCGGCGCCUUACAGAAGUCCCCAGAGGGAUCCCUGGAAACGCUACCAACCUUACCCUGAGUAUUAACCAUAUUCCCCAUAUCUACCCAACAUCCUUCAAUCGUCUUGAAAACCUCCAGGAGAUUGACUUCAGAUGCAACUGUGUGCCUGUCAAACUAGGGCCCAAAAAUCAUGUGUGCAACAGCCCACUGAAAAUUGAGAAUGGAAGUUUUGCUGCUUUGACAGGAUUGAAGUCAUUGUAUUUGGAUGCAAACCAGCUGGCAGAAAUACCGCGAGGUCUUCCUGCUACUUUAACUCUGCUGAGCCUGGAAGCAAACAACAUCUUUUCUAUCCAAAAAGCCAACUUCUCAGAGCUAGGAAAUAUAGAGGUGUUGUACCUUGGACAAAACUGUUACUACCAGAACCCAUGCAAUGUUUCAUUUGAAAUUGAGAGAACAGCCUUUCUGGGGCUGAAAAAGUUAACAAUACUAUCCCUGAAGUCCAACAACUUAACACAAAUUCCACCCAAUUUGUCAUCUACUUUAAAGGAACUGUAUAUUUACAACAACAUGAUACAAGAGGUUCAAGAACAGGAUUUAAGUGGCCUUCACAACCUAGAAAUUCUUGACCUCAGUGGCAAUUGCCCACGUUGCUAUAAUGCCCCGUAUCCUUGCAUUCCCUGUCCCAAGAGCUCUGUUCAGAUACAUCCCAAGGCUUUUGAUUCGUUGCAAAAUUUAAAGAUUUUGCGGCUUCACAGUAACUCUCUUCAGAGCAUACCCAGCAGCUGGUUUAAAAACAUCAAGAAUCUGAAAGAACUUGACCUCUCCCAAAAUUUCCUCAUGAGGGAAAUUGGAGAUGCUCAGUUUUUGACAUUGAUCCCCAGCCUCGUGCAGCUUGAUCUGUCAUUUAAUUUUGAACUGAAAGUAUAUUCUCCCUUCUUGAAUCUUUCAGAGACAUUUUCUUCUCUCUCUAACCUGGAAACCCUGAGGCUCAAGGGUUAUGUCUUUAAAGAACUGAGAGCACAAGAUCUACAUCCACUGCUCAGUCUUAGCAAUCUAACCGUGUUGGAUCUCGGGACUAAUUUUAUUAAAGUUGCAGACCUGAAAGUGUUUGAAAAAUUCCCAGCUCUUAAGUUCAUUGACCUCUCAGUGAAUAAAAUUUCUCCUUCUUCAGGGGAAAGCAACUUCUAUGGAUUUUGCUCUAAUCCUGGCAUUUCAGUUGAGCAAUACAACAGGCAAGUACAACAGGAGAUGCAUUAUUUCAGGUAUGAUGUGUAUGAGCGAAGUUGCCGUUCCAAAGACAAAGAGGCUUCUUCCUAUGAGUCUCUAGUUAAGGAAGAUUGCCUUAACUAUGGAAAAACUCUGGAUUUAAGCAGAAACAAUAUAUUCUUUGUUAACCCCUCAGACUUCCAGGGCCUUAGCUACCUCAAAUGUCUCAACUUGUCAGAUAAUGCAAUAAGUCAAACUUUAAAUGGAAGCGAAUUUUCUUACAUGUCUGGAUUGAAAUAUCUGGAUUUUUCUAACAACAGGGUUGAUUUGCUAUACCAAACUGCUUUCAAAGAAUUAAAACUUUUAGAAAUUCUAGAUCUGAGCAAUAACCAGCAUUAUUUCCUGGCUGAAGGUGUUACUCAUGUGCUAGAUUUUAUGAAAAACCUGGCCCAUUUGAGGAAGCUGAUGAUGAAUUGGAAUGAGAUUUCUACCACUACUGAUACCGGAAUGGAAAGUCAAUCUCUUCGAAUUUUAGAAUUCAGAGGAAAUCGCUUAGAUGCUCUCUGGAAGGAUGGCAAUGAUAGAUAUUUGUCCUUCUUCAAGAAUCUGACCAGCCUGGAAGAACUGGAUAUUUCCUUCAACUCACUCAGUUUUUUGCCUCAUAGUGUUUUUGAAAAGAUGCCUCCCAGUCUCAAGAUCCUCAACUUAACGAAUAAUCAACUGAAGAGUUUCAUCUGGGGAAACCUCCCCUCUCUGAAGAACCUAGUAACUCUGGACCUGAGCAAUAACCUUCUGAGUACUGUUCCCCGAGAACUGUCCAAUUGCACUUCAUCUCUCCAGGAACUGAUGCUCCGGAACAAUCGCAUUCAGCAGUUAACCAAAUAUUUUCUCAGAGGUGCUUUUGAACUGAGGUACUUGGACCUCAGCUUAAACAAGAUUGAAAUAAUUAAGAGAUCUAGCUUCCCUGAAAAUGUCAUUAACAACCUGAAGAUGCUGCUUUUGCAUGGCAAUCCUUUUAAGUGUAACUGUGAGGCUGUGUGGUUUGUCUGGUGGAUCAAUCGGACGCAGGUGACCAUUCCUCUUCUGGCCACAGACGUGACCUGUGCUGGCCCAGGGGCACACAAGGGAAAGAGCAUGGUUUUCUUGGAUCUGUACACCUGUGAGCUGGACACGUCAUAUUUGAUCCUGUAUGCUCUGUCAGCUUCAGCUGUCCUUGGCUUGAUGGUGUUCACAGUGAUGAGCCAUCUCUACUUCUGGGAUGUGUGGUAUAGCUACCAUUACUGCACUGCCAAGCUGAAGGGCUAUCGGCGCUUGUCUUCACCAGCUGCUUGCUACGAUGCCUUUAUUGCCUAUGACAGUGAAGAUCCAGCUGUGAACGAGUGGGUGCUGCAAGAACUGGUUGAGAGGCUGGAAAACCAAAAAGCCAGGCAGUUCAAUUUAUGCCUGGAAGGAAGGGACUGGCUCCCAGGACAGCCGGUCUUUGAUAACCUUUCCCAGAGCAUUCAGCUGAGCAAAAAGACCAUAUUUGUGCUGACCCACAGGUAUAUUAGAAGUGGCCGCUUCAAGACCACCUUUUAUAUGGCUCAUCAGCGGCUUCUGGAUGAAAAAAUGGAUGUCAUUAUCUUGAUCUUUCUUGAGAAGGUUUUGCAGAAGUCCCGCUAUGUCCGCCUGAGGAAGAGGUUGUGCAGAAGUUCAGUCCUGGAAUGGCCAACUAAUCCCCAGUCUCAGCCCUACUUCUGGCAGUGCCUGAAAAAUGCCAUAGCUACCAGCAAUUCUCUGGCUUACAACAAGCUUCUCCAAGAAACUGUUUAGUUGUACUCUCUCUGUUAAUAUUGCUCUUAUGGACAAGAUCAAAAGAUCCUGAAGAAAACAUUUUGAACUGCAUUUGCCAAAAUUGUCGAAGCGUGGAAUAUAUACCUCUUUGUUAUACCACAAAAUGACCGGCACAAUUACUUUUAAAUGCCAUUAUUUGCUUAAGCUCUAUCAGGUUUGAAUAGAAACUGUUGCCAGAGGAGAUGUUUAGUUGAUACGCACCUUGCUUUGCACUGAUUGUUGCUCAGCAAGGGAAGAUGCUAAAAUGGGAAGGUAUGUGUGAUCAUGUUCUGCAGUGCUUCCAGGCUGCUUUGGGAAAGCAAAGAGGGGAGCAAGACAGCAGAGCGGCAGAGGGAUAAGGCAGGUGGAGAAAAUCAAGUAAACCAAUGAGGAAUUUCGAAUAGACAAAGGAAAAAAGGGGAAAGGAAAAAAAGAGAAAGUGGAAAAGAUGGUAAGAAAGGAGGAACAUGCAGCUAUACUAGACCAUGACAGUAGUUCAGAAGCAUUUACUGCUAGUUUCCCAAUAAAUUUUUCACUUUGCCUUUUGUCUGCCUCCUGAACUGUUGGUUGAGCUGGCUCCUCCAUGAAGACUUUAGGGUUCCUCUGUAAUGUUGAGGACUUUUUCCACCUGAGCCCUGAGUGACCACCCUUUCUGUAUCAGCUGGGUGUUUGCUGCUGUAACAGGGGCUGGGGCCUGGGGACAUACCACCUGUUCCCAGAAGAAAAUUUAAAUAGAAUUUGGAAGUACAAAGCAUGUAAGAUCAGAUCACACAAGGAAAGCAUUCUUCCCACUGUUUCUUUGAUGUGCUGUAGUUCUCCAGAGCAGCCUUAAGCCCUUCUUUAUUUCUUUGUUCCCCAGGCAGAUCCAUCUCCCAUAACAGCUGAUGGGGCACCACUGAACACUUGAGAUAGGAAUGGGUCUGACUUUAGGGACAUCCUGAAAAAGUGAAGAAACAUAAACACCUGUAUUUGUUCCCCACUCUGUUUCAUAGUACAGACUCAUGAACACAUGGCAGCCUAAACUUCUGAGCAUGACAUAGGCAGGUUCUCUGCUUGAUGUGAUGAUGCCUGUUUUGGGAGAAGCAACACAUUUUCACCUUGCUGGGUGCUUCUGUCUGCAGCAGUCUGGGCAGCUCUUCUCUUGCUCAAAGCCCU